AUGGAUAUCGUCGCGUCGCCUACGUCCACGUCGGCGGAGGAAGCUGCUCGCUUUCCCGUAAGCAAUACAUCAGAGCAGCCCCGCGAUCGACCACAAUCACAUGUGAAUGCCCUCCGCGAAGGUGCCGACUCCAAUAAGCCUCCUGUGGUCAAACACUUGUCCAGCCCUGAGUACAAUACACCCUCUCGCCAUCAUCGUCGGACCCCUUCAGCAGCCAGACAAGUCAAGGAAUCCCUCAAUGCGCGAUCCGAAUAUGUCACCAGUAAAGACGAUGGCGUCGCAGAACAUCGCAUCAAUCAAUAUAUUAUCAAGCAAGAGAUUGGCCGCGGAUCCUUUGGAGCAGUUCAUUUAGCCAUCGAUCAGUAUGGGAAGGAAUACGCAGUCAAAGAAUUCUCCAAAGCGCGACUGCGCAAGCGAGCACAGUCACACAUCCUCCGGAAACCUCUGUCCCAAAGACGUCGGGGAGCAUUACAAGGCUUCAAUUCUCCCUUGCACCGAAAUGUCGGCAAUGAAGGUGAACUGCAGGCCGGCUCGAUUGACCUAAUAAAAGAGGAGAUUGCCAUCAUGAAGAAACUGAACCACCCAAACCUAGUAUCCCUGAUUGAGGUGCUGGAUGACCCGUCAGAAGAUUCGCUGUACAUGGUAUUGGAGAUGUGCAAAAAAGGCGUGGUCAUGAAGGUAGGGUUGGAAGAAAGAGCAGAUCCAUACCCCGACCAUGUCUGCCGAUACUGGUUUCGAGACCUGAUCCUGGGAAUCGAGUAUUUACAUGCUCAAGGUGUAGUGCAUCGUGAUAUCAAGCCCGACAACUGCUUGGUCACUGAAGACGAUGUGCUCAAGGUAGUCGACUUUGGUGUCUCGGAGAUGUUUGAAAAGGACUCGGAAAUGCUCACUGCAAAGUCCGCUGGCAGUCCUGCGUUCCUCCCACCAGAGCUCUGUAUUGCACGACAUGGAGAUGUGUCAGGGCGCGCGGCUGACAUCUGGUCAAUGGGGGUGACUUUGUACUGCUUGAAGUACGGCAGAAUCCCGUUUGAGAAGACGGGCAUCUUUGAGCUCUAUGAGGCUAUCAAGACCGAAGAACCAGACCUGGGCGACGAAAUUGAUGAAGAUUUUCGGGAUCUCAUGAAGCGCAUACUGGAGAAGGAUCCGCAGAAACGUAUCAAAAUGCGGGAGCUGAGAGACCAUCCGUGGGUCACGAAUAAGGGCACUGACAAGCUGCUUCCUGAGGAGGAGAACACCGCUGAUCUCGUUGAGCCACCUACAGAGGCUGAGAUGAACGCGGCAAUUACCAAGAAUAUGAGGAACCUGAUGACAGUCGUAAAAGCUGUCAACAAGUUCAAAUCCCUUGUAGGAAAGGAUAAACCCAAGGGUAUGACUUCCAUACUGGGCGAUCAGGAGGGCGCGCAUUUCUCUCAACCUCCGGCAGCUAUGCUCAAAGAAUCACCUCUUCCGAAAUCACAUAGUUUCAAUGCUUUCGGUCAGGAGCAUACAGACGCAGGACCCCGGCUUGAAGCGCUUUCUCAAGAUGUGAUCAAGCUGAAUGUACGACCAGUACCUACGCUCAGUAUAGACGAUACGACGAAGAGUGAAGAGCAAAAGGCCGUCGAAAAAGGCAGUCCUUCUGGAUUGCUAAGUCAGACACUCACCAACACAGAUGACUCGCUUUCGAGAAUUCAAAGCAUGGUAGACAUCGAGAAGCUCGACCCAACGAAGUUACCUCCGUUCCGAUCGCUGAAACCACAUGCAAACACUACUGACGAAUUAGGCCACCGAGGACAUGCGCACGACCCGUUAGAAGACCAACUGUACCUCUACAUUGGUCCGUCCACUUUUUCCGGAGUCAGUUCUAGCAGCGACGAUGACAGGACCUUCGUCCCAGCAGACGACGAUGUGCCCAUCGUUAGUGAAAGCCCUGGGGCCGCGGACGUGGACAUUUACGAAACCGCGUACCGUGACGAGAUUGAGCGAAUAGUGGCUCGAGCCAAGGAGGAGAAGAAGGAGCCCAACGUCUACCUCACAAGACGCGUGGACGCCAGGUUGCUGGCCAUCAGCGGCCUCGCCGGUAAAUGGGCGGCAAAGGGCGAAGAAGCCAAGAAUCAGAUCAAGGACUAUACGCAAUUCUCCGCUCGAAAAGCCCGGGUGACCGAAGUAAGCCGUGCACUUCGGCAAGCUGCGAGAGAAGAAUACGAGAAAAGAAGGCAGGAACACCGGGAAUGGAUCGCCGCCGAGAAAGCAGAACGAGCACGAGUCAAAGAAGCAGAGGGCUCCAAAGCGAGCACCCCUCCACCAGCCGGUGUUGGAGGUGAAGUAGAAGAGAACACGCCAACGAGCCCCCAAUCGCCUGGGAAGCACUCGUCAGUAUGGAAAGGUAAGGCAGUAGAUGCUGGGCGACAAGCAAGAACCUCUCUUAUGGGAUUUAUGGACAUGGUUAAGAGCAAGAGCCGAACACGAUCAAAAGACGAGACAGGUUGA